CAUCCUUCCCCCCCUCUUCCUCCUCCUCCUCCUCUCGCGCCGCCGCCGCCGCCGCCGUCGGCUGGAGAUCGGUAGGUGAGCUGCCACGCGUGUCGACGAGAUCCCGCCGCCGUCGACGUGGGGGGAGGGAGGCAGGGAGGAGCGACUGACUGGAGCGGCGAAGUGGAAGUAGAAGCUAGCUGGGCAUGGCGUCGGGACGGUACAUGGCGUACUCGCCCUCGCCCUCCACCACCCCGCACUCCCCGCGCAUCUCCGGCCUCCGCGCGUCCUCCGCCGUCGCCGACCAGGAGAAGUACCUAUCGGAUCUGCUUGCCGAGCGACACAAGCUGAGCCCGUUCAUCCCAGUGCUCCCUAAUAGUGUACGGCUGCUGAAUCAAGAAAUUUUACGUGUUUCCACACUAUUGGAGAACGCGUCCCUUUUAAAUCAAAGUGGCCUUGAACAUGGUAGUCCACUAACAACUGGAGGAUUAUAUUCAAAUGGAGCAGCAACUGAUAUGAAUGGGUGGACAUCAGCAUUUCAACCAGAAAGUUCACCAUCUUAUAGCUGGCUUGGAGGAUCUCAAGGCAGUUCUUCUGGACUAAUUGUUAAGAAAACAAUGAAGGUUGAUAUCCCAGUAGACAAAUAUCCAACAUUCAAUUUUGUUGGCCGCAUCCUUGGUCCUAGAGGAAAUUCUUUGAAGCGCGUGGAGGCAACUACUGACUGCCGUGUGCUAAUAAGAGGUCGGGGAAGCAUUAAAGAUCCAACUCGGGAGGAAAUGAUGCGAGGGAAACCAGGUUAUGAACAUCUGAAUGAACCACUGCACAUAUUGGUUGAAGCAGAACUGCCUGUUGAAAUUAUUGAUACCCGUCUGAUGCAAGCCAGGGAAAUCCUUGAAGAUCUGCUGAAGCCUGUGGACGAGUCUCAGGACUUCUUCAAGAAGCAGCAGCUCCGGGAACUCGCGAUGCUCAAUGGCACACUCCGUGAAGAAGGGAUGCAAAGGUCUGGUUCAGCAUCCCCUUUCCACAACAACCUUGGAAUGAAGAGAGCCAAGACAAGGGGGUAAAUGAGCCAGUAUUCAUCAAGGGAGGACCAAUCAUCUAUUCUGAGACCGAUACCAAAGUAUGCCUAUAUGGGGUUGCCUUGCUGGCCAACGGCCCAAAAACGGUCUCGCACCGCCAGCAUCGGAGCGGCCCGUACUUGAUAAUACCAUAUAUCUGGAGUUGUGUAUCCCUGCUACCGCCUACCGUGGUCUGGUUAUGGGAACAAUAGGGUGUUGGGCUAUAUAUUGGUUUGUGCAUGGUUUGGUAGCUAUGUGGUUUGUGUAUUCCUAUGAACCAGUAUCUGGGGUUUUCAUAGAAGGCCCUGAGCUUGUAUUUGAACUUUUGAAGACUUUGAUCUACGGAUGCUGUUUGCGAAAACUUGGAUUGGAGCGACGCUGUAACAUUUUUGUGGCCGUACUGCUUAUAGCACACUAAUCCUUAAGCA